UUUCUCCCCGCGGGGAGAGCAGGGCUGCGUGCCCGGGGGGGCAGCGGGGGGCUGCGGGGCCCUGCCGCACGGAGGUGCAAUGGGUUUUCUUCUCCCCAGGCCGGGCGCUGUGACGUCUGUUCGCACUCAGCUGCUCCACCAGACGCCGGUGGCUGACCACGCUGACAGCUCUGUCCAAGUCCAGCAAAAGAGCUCAGCUGUUGUCCAGAAAAAAUCCUACGUCCCCACCAGCAGGGGCGAAUAUAUUGUCACCAAACUCGAUGACCUGAUCAACUGGGCGCGAAGGAGCUCCUUAUGGCCGAUGACGUUUGGCCUGGCCUGCUGUGCCGUGGAGAUGAUGCACAUGGCGGCUCCGCGCUAUGACAUGGACCGCUUUGGGGUGGUGUUCCGAGCCAGUCCCCGACAAGCUGACGUCAUGAUCGUGGCCGGCACCCUGACAAACAAAAUGGCUCCGGCUCUUCGGAAGGUCUACGACCAGAUGCCGGAGCCUCGCUAUGUGGUCUCCAUGGGGAGCUGCGCCAACGGCGGGGGCUACUACCACUACUCCUACUCGGUGGUGAGGGGCUGCGACCGCAUUGUGCCCGUGGACAUCUACGUGCCAGGUUGCCCACCUACGGCUGAAGCGUUGCUGUAUGGGAUUCUGCAGCUUCAGAAGAAAAUCAAACGGGAGAAGAAGAUUCAGAUCUGGUACAGGAAGUAGCCUCCUAUUUAUGAGCUCCCCCCUCACUGCCCGCCCGGGGCUCCUGCUUGCAUUCAUACGCACAAGAAAUCUGGGUUCUCACAAGGCUCCCAAUAAAACCCUACCUGGGGAAGCUGCUCUUCUGUCUUUAAUGCAUCGCUCUUACCUGAGGUGUUUUAACCCAUUUAAAAACGGCAUUAAAAAGCAGGAGUUGAAUUUGAUGACGUUCGCGUGGCGUUUCCCGGGCAGCCAGCGAGGGAAGGGCAACCAGUGAAGGUGCCUAUCGUGACCAAAGUGCCUUGCUGGAGGCCUGGGACUCGCUCCUUGGCUUUGUUAGGAAGCUUUGUGACCAACGUGCAUCCGGCUGAGCGCCAAGGUCUCCCUGAGCUCACCUCGUACAAACAAAAAGCAGGCG